ACCAACUGGGAUGACAUGGAGAAGAUAUGGCAUCACACCUACAAAGAGCUCUGUGUUGCUCCUGAGGACUUUCCAGUCCUGCUGACCGACGCUCCACUAAACCCCAAGGAUAACACGGAGAAGAUGACACAGACUAUGUUCGAGAAAUUCAAGUGUCCUGCCAUGUAUGUGGCCUCCCAGGCAGUCCUGUCACUGUACUACUCUGGUAGAACCACAGGUAUUGUGAUAGGAUCUGGUGACGGUGUCAGCUACACUGUGCCCAUCUACGAGGGUUAUGCUCUGCGUCACAACAGUCUCCGUCUGGACCUGGCUGGCAGAGAUCUGGCUGACUGUCUUAUAAAAAGUCUCACAGAGAGAGGCUACAGCUUCACCACCACUGCUGAGCGUGAGAUUGUGCGUGACAUUAAGGAGAAGCUCUGCUACGUGGCUCUGGACUUCGAGAAGGAGAUGCAGAAGCCAUCUUCCACCCUGGAGAAGACUUAUGUGCUUCCUGAUGGACAGGUCAUCACCAUCGCCAACGAGAGGUUCAGCUGCCCCGAGACUCUCUUCCAAUCUUCAUUAGUCGGAAUGGAUGGAAUGACUGGCAUCCACGAGAUGACCCACAACAGCCUCAUGGAGUGCGUAGAGGACAUCCAUAAGGACCUGUACGCCAACACUGUGCUGUCCGGUGGCACCACAUUCUGCCCUGGCUUCGCUGACCGCAUGCAGAAGGAGAUCACUGCUCUGGCCCCACUCAACAUGGAAACCAGGAUCAUCGCUCCCCCUGAGAGGAAGUACUCCGUCUGGAUCGGCGGCUCCAUCCUGGCCUCCCUCUCCACUUUCCAGCAGAUGUGGAUCAGCAAGCAGGAGUACGAUGAGUCCGGCCCCUCCAUCGUCCACCGCCAGUGUCUUUAGAAAGCCCCAUGUCGUUGUCGUCCUCCUCCUCUGCCCCAGUGGGGACGUUAAUAUACUUUUCAACAGUUUCAACAACCUAGAAACGUGUCUAGUUUAUCAGACAUGAGAUGCCACAUACAAGAUGAAUCACAGUACAGCUCUGCAUGAAUUUCGCUCAGCAGUUUUAACAAUCUUCUUUUAUUUAAAAAUCUCAAUGCAAUAAAUUCCAGGUCAAUAUUCAGAACAGAAAAUGUUUAUUUCUUACCAGCAUGACGGUAUGAUCUGCAUGAAAGCAAAUAAUUGUGGCCUUCAUAGGAGUUUCCACAUCUACACUUUCAUUUUGACCUAAACACUAAAGUCUCUUCAGUCUUCUGGCUGCUAGUUUAUUUGUAAAAUAAAAUGAUGUGCUCAUUAGGGAUGUCCGGACAGAUACUACAAUAUCAAUAUUUUUGAAACCAACGUUUCCUGCUCUAGGACUAAUUCUCACUUAAAAGGAUCAAAUUUAAACU